AUGGGAGAUAAAGGAACAAGAGUGUUCAAAAAGGCGAGUCCCAACGGGAAGUUGACUGUAUACCUCGGGAGGCGGGAUUUUGUUGACCAUGUGGAUCGUGUGGAAGCAGUUGAUGGAGUUGUUCUGAUCGACCCAGAAUACCUGAAAGAGAGGAAAGUCUUCGUGACGCUGACCUGUGCAUUCCGUUACGGUCGUGAGGAUCUGGACGUUCUCGGACUCACGUUUCGUAAAGACCUGUUCUUGGCCAGUGUCCAAGUGUUUCCCGAGGAAAACCCCCCAAAGGAGGCCCAGGAGAAGGCCCAGGAGGUGGCCCCAAAGGAGGCUCUAAAGGAGAACCAGGAGGAGCAGCCGGCCAGUCCCCAAGCUCUGAGUCGACUCCAGGAAAGACUGGUGAAGAAACUGGGGGAACACGCCCACCCCUUCACCUUCCAGAUUCCCCUCAACCUGCCGUGCUCCGUCACACUGCAGCCAGGACCCGAGGACACGGGGAAGGCCUGUGGAGUGGACUUUGAGGUGAAAGCAUUUUGUGCAGAAAAUCCAGAAGAGAAGAUCCACAAACGGAACUCUGUCCGCCUGGUGAUCCGAAAGGUGCAGUUUGCUCCAGAGAAAGCAGGACCUCAGCCCACUGCAGAAACCACACGACUGUUCCUACUGUCGGACAAACCUCUGCAUCUGGAGGCCUCUCUGGACAAACAGGUGUAUUACCAUGGUGAACCCAUCAGUGUGAACGUCCAUGUGACCAACAACACAAACAAGACUGUGAGACGCAUCAAGAUCUCAGUGCGACAGUUCGCAGACAUCUGUUUGUUCAACACGGCUCAGUACAAGUGUCCUGUGGCCUCAGAGGAGAGCGAAGACCCUGUGGCUCCCAGUUCUACUCUGUGUAAAGUUUUUACUCUGACUCCGUUUCUGUCGAAUAAUCGAGAAAAACGAGGCCUCGCUCUGGACGGAAAACUUAGGCACGAGGACACCAACCUAGCAUCCAGUACUCUACUCAGAGAUGGAGCCAACAAAGAAAUCCUGGGAAUCAUUGUGUCGUAUAAAGUCAAAGUCAAACUGGUGGUUUCCAGAGGAGGGUUGCUAGGAGACCUUGCCUCCAGUGACGUCUCUGUGGAGCUGCCCUUCACCCUGAUGCACCCCAAACCUCCGGACGACCCCCUCCGCGAGGCCUCAGACGAAACUCCAGUCGACACCAACCUGAUUCAGUUUGACACACAAGACGAUGACAUCGUGUUUGAGGACUUCGCUCGGGAGCGUCUGAUUGGUGCAAAGGAUGAGGAGGAGGAGCCAGUGGACUCGCCCAAAACAGAGGAGAGAUAG